AUGGUGGUGCAUCCCACCGGACCGGAGUCACCGGACUUGACCAUCCACGACUCCCUCGCCAUAGUCGAGUUCCUCGCCGAGACGCACCCGGAGCUCAAUCUGUGGCCAGAGGACAAGCAGCUGCGGGCCCUGGCGCGCAGCGCUGUGGCCAAGAUGCACUCUGGCUUCACCGCGCUGAGGAACGAGUUCGCGACUAACUUCAUCGCGAGGUAUGAGUUUGCGGGGCGGGUUCCCAUGAGUGAACAAGCGAAGGGCGACUGCGAAAGGAUGGUGAAGUUGUGGGGCGAGUCCCGAGCCGCCACGGUGGAGAGGCUGAAGGCGCUGGGAAAGGAAGAGGGCGACGAAGGCUUUCUCUUUGGAAAGUUCGGAAUCGCUGAUGCAUUCUUCUGGCCAGUUCUGUGGCGCUUCCGCACAUACAACCUCCCCCUUACGGGCAUCUCUGACCAGGGGCUGGAUUGGAUGGAAACGGUAUGGAAGAACCCGAAGUUGAAGAGUAUCGGAAAAGAUUACUUCGCGCAGACCGAGGAUACGGCUACUAAGGUGGAUCAUUACGACGACAUCUUCAGCGGAAACCCGAGUGUGAAGUAUGGAUUCUUUACGGAAGACUGGGAGUUUGAACGCCCAGCUGGUCGAAAAUUGUGA